CCCAAAAUUCCAAUCCAUCAGAAGUGUCAUAAUUCAAAAUMAUUGUCUCCAGCCGAGCCCCUUCCAUUUCCGCAACAUAUACCUUAUAAUACCCACCGCUAGCUACACGCAACACUCGUAGCCUUUGUGACCUCCGAUUCCCCAGCACCGUAGCGCAACAGUUUCCAGAAGGAGAAAACAGUCAGAAUGAUCCACCCUCCUCCUGUUGCAGACGCCGCCUGUCCUUGCAAGAAACGAAACGUCAAGGUUGGCRGCGGAAAAAGAUGUCAUGUCCAAGCAACAGCCGAUUCCUCGGCCCGAAUUUUCUCCUGCGUCGCGUUCCUGCUCCUUCUUUCCGCUGCGUCUCUUCCAACCGUCGAUGCCCAGAAAACAACCGAAACGCUCGCUUCCCCAAUUGCCACGCAGAUCCUCCCGCCGACCCCGAUUCCAAGCUUUUUUCCGGGGUCCAAYGAGAACGUGGAGGACACGCUGUGCACCCUGGACGAUCUAGAACGAGCCAAYGAUAGCCAGCUGAACGUUAUAUUCCACGAGCUGGAACAGACCAACUUCUUUCAGCACUUUGUGGUCGACCUUGAGGUCAAGUGUAACAUGUUCAAGGACGAAGAAGCCAAGAGCAAACCAGCGGCACCAAAAGCACCACCGAAACCAGCCUUUGGCACGGGWCAAACAUCGCAGACGUCUUCGUUUUCUAUGGAUUCGUUCCCCUGGGGAAACGACGAGGACGAUGGCGACGACUUUCUUUGCACAGGUGGUGCCGACGAACUGGACGAAGAYGCCGUCCCGCUCUGCUCCGUGGAUACCGGUGACAGCGACGACAUGCUUGCGGGUGGCGGCUUUUCGGCCUGGGAGGAAAAGACAGACGAGAUUGUGAUGGAWGARGAUCCUCCCUGCGAUUCCGAUGAAGAGGAACAAGACAGCGGUAUCUUUGACAUACCCGACAGCUUUUGGAUGGACAUUUGCAGCAACAUUCGCAAGGGAGAAGGAACCAAGGUAGUCAACCUCGAGCUCAAUCCCGAACGGAACACGUAUUACAAUGGGUCUCACGUGUGGGACGCGAUUUACAAGGAAAACCGCAUCACCACCGACGACACAUGCUUGGAAGAGCGUGUCCUCUACCGCUUGCUGAGCGGCAUGCACACCUCCACYACCCUCAGCAUUGCUAAGAAUUACUACCCUCCCUCCAAACGCAAMAAUCGAGAAAACUGGGAGGCUAACCCCCAGUACUUUAUGGAACGAUUUGCCGACCACCCCGAAUACAUUCGCAACCUGCACUUUUCGUACAUAGUUAUGCUGCGUGCCAUCAAAAAGGCUCGUGACUACCUCUACAACUAUGAUAUUUCUUCGACAAUGCCACUGGAAGACACGGCAUCCACGAAUAUUUUGUUGAGACGUUUAUUGGAUACUACUAUUUUGAGAUCCUGUUCCGACGUGUUUUCUGCCUUUGACGAGUCGGUAAUGUUCCAAGAAGACGACAACAAAGAAUUGCGAGAAUCGUUCAAGGAAGUCUUUCACAAGAUAUCCGGCAUUUUGGAUUGCGUCCAGUGUCAGCAGUGCAAGCUCCACGGAAAACUGACGAUGCUGGGGUACGGAACUGCCCURAAAAUCUUGUUUGUCAAGUCGCCCAAAAACUUGGUGCUCGAACGAAACGAAGUGGUAGCGCUGAUCAAUACAGCGGCAAGGCUGUCCAAGAAUCUCRUCGAAGUUCGGGAACUCACAACCAUGUACUGGGAAGAGGAGCGGACUAAAAUCGCCAACCUAGAGAUCAAGACUGAAGUUUCAAAAGGCGCUUCGGUGGUCCCCGACAAGCUGCCCUCACAGGUCUCCUCUACCCCAUUCGAUAGUUUAGACGUAUUGGAUGUUACCGUUGGURUCAUUUCUAAUGCUGGGCGACUAGAAUUGAUUUCGAUGGAACGAGAGAAAGAACUGGUCAAUAUGGCACUGGCUAGACAUCCAGAGUUGAUGAUUCUAGGCAAACACUACAGCAAGGAUCCCGAACGAUUUGUUGCCAUGGCAACAGAUCUAGGGGAAUURGAAUCUGGUGGAAGGGCAGCAACAAAGACUUCCUUGCCAGCGCUUCCGCCCGAUGCUAUUGUGGUUGGCAGUGGACUUKCUGGUCUGGCAGCAUCGCUAAACAUUCUGGAUCGAGGAGGUACGGUCGUCAUUCUAGAAAAAGAGCACCUAGUUGGUGGAAAUUCCAACAAGGCAAGUUCCGGUAUCAAUGGAUACUGUCCUCACAACGAUACUUGCAGCGACUCCAUGGACGCAUUCAGGAAUGAUACGAUCAAAUCGGCCGGCACAGUAGCAGACUUGGAUCUCAUCGAUGUCUUAGUGACAAAGAGCUCACAGGCUGUGUCUUGGUUGAGAGACCGUGCAAACGUAGAUCUUUCUCUCUUAGCUCAACUUGGAGGUCAUCGUUACAAGCGCACUCAUAGACCGAGCAACGGCAUGGCCGGAGCUGAAAUCAUUUACAAYAUUCAAAAAACUGUCCGAUCUUUCGAAAAGACAGGUCGAGUCAAGAUUCUUGUUGAUACCCAAGUAAAGGAACUGCUCACCGAAGACGGUGGCGACCGAGUAGUAGGAGUCAGGGCUGAAUCCACGAAGGAUGGAACCGUUCAAGAAAUUCUUGCCGACAACGUUAUCCUUGCAACCGGUGGCUUUGCUUCGGACCGUUCUUCCGGAUCGUAUUUGGAUCAGCACCGUCCGGAACUCAUGUCCUUUCCAGCCACAGCCGGUGCGUUUUCAACCGGGGAUGGUAUUACGAUGGCGACAACCCUGGGUGCCGCAACCCGUGAUAUGGACAAGGUUCAGAUCCACCCAACGGGCUGGGUCGAUCCAAAGGAUCCUGGAAACCCCUCCAAAAUUUUAGCUGCUGAAUUGAUGAGAGGAGUUGGAGGAAUGCUGAUUGAUCAUUCCGGCCGGCGUUUUGCCAAUGAGUUAGGAACUCGAGCUUACGUAACCGAUCAAAUGUUGAAACACGACGAGGAGUUUGUCAAGACUGGAAAAUGGAAUCCCUCUACCGAGGUCCCCACAUUUUUCCUUGUCUUGUCUUCRUCCGCCGCUGCUGAUGGAAAAAAGCAUGUCGAUUUAUACUCGCACAAAGGUUUACUGACAAAGGUUGAGGGCGUGGACGCCCUUUCCARUCACAUGGGUAUGAGCACGGAAAAAAUUACAAAAACUAUUUCGCAGUAUCAGUUGGCUGCCAAGAAAGGAAUCGACGAAUUCGGAAAACAAUCCUUUCGUGGUGUGCCCGCUGAGAAUUUGAAAACAGAAACAUUUUACGUUGGUACAGUUACACCAGUCCUGCACUACUGUAUGGGUGGAAUCAAAAUCAAUCCGGAGUGUAGCGUURUGAGGGAGGAUGGAAAAAUCAUAGAGGGUCUCCAUGCUGCUGGGGAAGUAACAGGUGGAGUGCAUGGUGCCAAUCGACUCGGGGGAAAUUCUCUCUUAGAAUGCACUGUUUUUGGAACCGUUGUGGGUCAAAAAGUGCCUAUCAAGGAAGAAGGGACGUACCGAAUGGUCAUUGGGGAUGAAGAAAUAAGUAMAGAACAGUUGGAUCCUGGUACAKUAGGCUCAGACGAGCUUCCGAACAUUCAGAUGGAUGAAUUGGCCAGGCACAAUACAGAAGAGGAUCUUUGGGUAGCGAUUCACGGAACUGUCUACGACUUUACAGAAUUUGCUCAUGAGCACCCAGCUGGCUUUAAAUCAAUAUUUGACCUUGCAGGCACAGAUGGCACGGCUGCCUUUGAUGCRGUGCAUAAUUUGGGAAUGCUUGACGACUUUGAACAAGACCGACGAGGUAUUCUCGUAUGAAGAAAAGAGGGCUUGUAUACCCAGAAGAAAAAAUGGUAGUUCCUUCAUGAAUACUUCGCAGACACAUUUGGCACCUCCACCGUUCAUUACGUGCACAACUAGGCAAUGCUCGCGAWUUUAGAAACAUACACCAGGCAUUCGUGAAUACACAUUAGAAGCUUGCCUGCUUUAGAAAAAUAGUAUAAGUGCGAAGUAGAGYAUUAUGAAUAAUUUCUAGAAGUAUCAAGACGACCUUGAGGUAAAGUAUCAAAMCAA